AUGCCGAAGAACUAUGUCAUCGACGCGUCCAACACAACCGAGGACUGUUUGCACAUCAACGUAUGGGUGCCGGGUCGGUGCGUCAAUCAUACACGCCGCCGCGCCGUUGUGUUUUGGCUCUUCGGUGGCUCGUUCGUCAGUGGUGGCAACAGUUAUGACUUCUACGACGGCCGCUUCCUGGCAGGCCUAGGUGGCGUGGUGGUCGCGGUGCCCAACUACCGCGUCGCUUCCUUUGGCUUUCUCAACUCGGGCACAGGCCAUGUUCCAGGUAACAUGGGGCUGCACGACCUGCUUCUCGCGCUCCGCUGGCUUCAGGAUAAUAUAGAGUCUUUCGGAGGUGACACUGAGCGAAUCUUGGUUGCCGGUCAGAGCGCCGGCGCCAUCGCUGCCUCGCUGUUGAUGGCCUCAGAGCACCGGAACUUGUUCCGCCGGGCGUACCUAAUGAGCGGCACCCUACGCACGCCACUACCGGAUAACGACGGAUAUAACGCGAGGCGCAACUUCGCCCAGUUUGUCGCCGAUGCCGGCUGCAAGGCCGGCAAGAUCGCCGACAGCGUCCACUGUCUUCGAGAGGCCAACACAACGGCUAUCCUCGAAGCCAGCAAACGAGCAGCGCUUUCACUUAUGCCGAAUGUCAGAGGUCGAGUGUUCCAAAGUCACCUGGAAAUACAUUCAAGAGAAGACGCUGCGCCGUACAAAUUGGAGGUCUUAAUGAGCUCGACCCUAUCGGAGGGUAGGGCCUUUUUUGAAAUGCUACUGCCUGCAUUCGUGGCAAACGCGGACAAAAUCACAUCUUCUAUGCUGAAGUCGACUUUCCCAUAUUUUUUUAAUAGUCUUUCGGACUCAAUUUUGGACGUGGCGAUCGGUCUCCUAGGAACGCUGUACGACCUCGAAGACCUGGAACGUGUGGGUUGGACAGAACUGAUAGGUGACGCAUUGUUUCGAUGCCCGACAAGAGCCUUCGCCCAGGAGCUGACCCACUUCGGCAGCACGGUGUACUACCAUGAAUACGUGCCCAAGCCUUCCUUCACAGUUUUCGGAGGAAACUACGCAACGCACAGUGAUGAUGUGCCCAUACUGUUUGGAUAUCCGUUCCUGUAUCCACACCUGGCCACUGAUGAAGAAAGACAAACGUCCCAUCGUAUGAUCAUGACGCUUUCAAAUUUUGCGAAGAACGGGUAA